UUCACUUGAUGAAUUUAGUUUGUGCCACGCUGCGAAGCGAAACUUGCUGAUCACCUCUGUUCAAAACAGUGUUUAAUUCCAGCGUGUUUCAGUUCAUAUUAUCUGUUAUCAGCGCGUCGUGAGGCCAGGAUGUCCGGACACGGACAUGGACACGGACACGGACACAGCUGCGGGUCCGAGGGGGAGCACGAGCCCGCGGAGAGGGGCCUGGAGUUCGGACUCUACAGCCGCAUCGACCUGGAGAAGCUGCAGUGUUUGAACGAGAGCAGAGACGGAGACGGAAAGCUGGUGUUCAAACCGUGGGACCAGCGGAACCAGCGGGACAAGUAUGUUGAAAGUGACACAGAUGAAGAGCUGCUGUUCAACAUCCCUUUCACCGGCAGUGUGAAGCUGAAAGGAAUCAUCAUCUCUGGUGAAAACGACGACUCUCAUCCGGCUGAAGUUCGACUAUACAAAAACAUCCCUCAGAUGUCGUUUGAYGACACCGGCAGAGAACCCGAACAAGCCUUCAGACUGAACCGAGACCCUCAGGCUGAGCUGGAGUACCCAACCAAGAUUGCUCGUUUUUCCAGCGUUCAGCACCUCUCCAUCCACAUCUCGAAGAACUUCGGAGCAGAGAACACUCGGGUGUACUACAUCGGCCUCAGAGGAGARUAUUCACAGUCUUACAGACAUGAAGUGACCAUCUGUAACUACGAGGCGGCAGCCAACCCUGCAGAUCACAAAGCGGACAGCAUCUUCCCGCGGACCAACUUCAUUUCCUGAGAGCUGCGGGUGAGGGAUGGGGGGGAUACAGAGGUCUUCACUGGCUUUCAGAAACAUGAGUGUGGUGUUGUGUUCAAGCGACCGGUCUAGCACAGAGAGCGAGCUCUGAGCUCCUGAGGACCACUGAGCUUCAGUUGUUUCCGAGAGCGAGGCUGCUUCUCUGUUUCCAUGGCAGCACUGUGUGACGCUCAACGUGGGCAGAGUGUUUGAUGGUAAACGCACGUAAUGUUUUAAAGCACAAAAGGUUUCUGUUGUUUGAAUAAAACACUGAAGACAACUGAA